CAUGAUCGCGCGCGAGCUCGGAGGGAUGAAGAUGGUCCAGCUGGGAAGACGCGGCGCUCCGCGGCAGCCAGAGACGCAGUGCUGAGCGGGAGAAGCGGACCUCCGUGAAAGCACCGCCGCCUCAUUCCGCCGGUGUUUCGUGCUCUAGAGGAGGCAGUGAGGGAGGGAGGGAGGGAAGGAGGGAUGUGCCUGAGCGCUCUUUAGAGCAGCCUGCAGUCUAGCAGCGACGAGGAGAAGAAGGACUAACAUUUUAUGCAGCAUCUGUUGAAGAAUAAAGAAGAGAGAGGAGAGAAAACUAACAGAGCCGGGUUUCCGAUAUUUUGGCCAGUUAAAGCAGAGCAAGGAACUAAGCCCCGGAGCCCCGCGUUCACCUGGAAUACCUUCACAACGCGUCGUCAGAAAGACAUAAACAAGUCUUGGUUGAGGACCCUAUGUAGGUGUGAUGUAAUCCCCCCACCACCACCACCUCCACCUCCACCACCACCACCACCACCACCCCCCACCCCCCCACUCAGCCAUGGAGACCACCGGGGCUCAGAAGACAGCCGUGUGGAAAGCAGUGUUAGGUGAUUGCCCGGCUUGUUUGCCUCGCGCACACGUCUGAACGUCGUGCCACCGAGCUGAGAGGAGUCGUGAGCUUCAGCCGACUCGCGCGCUCAGAAGCCCUCUGAACACAACGGAGCUGAUAAGGAUCGACGGACCCCGAAACCAACCAGAGCUGAGUGGGAGACGAUUGGGAUAUCAGUGUCAUUUUUGCUGUUUACAUGCUCUGAAUGGUUUCGCUGAGGCCUGAGACUCUGAAGUCCUUCUCUUUUUAUGUUUUUGCUCAUAUCGUUUUAAACGGGAGGAAUAAGUGGUCUUUCUUCGCGUCCCGUACGACUCAAGCAGGGUUUUUUUAGCUCGAUCUUGACCAUAAGGGUAAGGUGACCUCGUCGAGAUAACUGCGCUGUCUCGCAAACUUUUACGCAAAAAUGAACGCUGAUUUCUCUUGAGUCCGCAUCGGUUACACGUGCAGCAAGAGUGGCCUCUAAAGGGCUGUGCGGUCAAAAUGAUUCCCCAUCACACUGACCUUAACCAUUCCAAAGAUCUCACCACCAUACGUAGUCCUCUAAAGACGUAGAUUAGCACAAUAAUAGCAGCGCAACGUGACUUGUGUAGUUGAUUAUUAAACUCUUUUAAACUGCAAGAAAACUGUAUUCAGGGAGUUUUACGGGUCAGGGAAAGACUUAAGUGCCACUGCUGAACAUGAGUGCCCAUAUUGUCUAGUAUUGAAGUCAUACUGAAGACAAAAAAAAAGCCAGAAACAUUAGUUUACAUUUUACGGUGUUUACAGUUGACCUUUGCUCUUAAGUGAAAAUUUUCAUCUUAAUAAGUGCCGAAACGGAGAGAAUACUUACUUAAAAACCUACGUGCUUAGUGAAAACUAUUGUAAAGCCUUCCUAAAUCUGACUUUACAUCAGCUAGCGAUUACCAUUAGGCAAGCCAUCUUUACUCUUCCUUGGCCAUAGACCUCUGAGGAAAGGUGAGAAGCGAAUGUCUUUUUGCUCAAGGGAGAAUUUUUCCUCUUUUUUUUGCCAUUUUGUUCGUUUCCAAAGAGACCGCAUCGUAAUAAUCCUUGCGACCAACCCCCACCCCGUUAUUCUGGAACUUUGCACAGAAUUUUUGCACACGCUGUAAUUUAUUUAUGGACUGUUUUGAUACGGACACAAAUACCGUACGUCGGAGGAGGCUGUACGUUUACAUGCAGCGUUAAGGAGGCCGGUUCCAAAGGAGGAUUCCGGAUUCUGCUCGGGGGUUGAGUCAGCGAGUGAAAUAUAGCCAUGUUUAGUCACGUAAAGAUGAUGCCCACCUUGGGAGCUCGAGCGUGUGUCAUCCUCUCCUUUCUGCUAAUUGCCGUGCCGCUAAUCACAUCACCAGCGAGCGUGCCAGACCCCUCGAGAACCCGACUUGCCCCCAGAAGGCCCACCAGCGCCCCCACCAUCAGCCCCAGGCCGAGCAGCUGGGCCUUACUAUUGCAGUCCAGAGGGGGGAACCUGCGAGGAAAAGGACGCCCCAAGCAGCCGUUCGUUACCGCGGAGACGCCUCCCAGGCCUCAGGCCCAGGUCAUGCUGUCCAAGAACGAAACGGCAAACGCCCUCAAACCUCCGCUCGGGGCGGCCCAGGUGGCUCCGCCCCCACGACGGCUGGUGGAGGUGGACGUGUGCCGUGGUUACUAUGACGUCAUGGGUCAGUACGACCUGACCUUCAACUGCUCCAAGGACGACUUCAUCUACUGUUGCGGCACAUGCCACUACCGCUUCUGCUGCCCGGACCGCUCGCGACGGCUCGACCAGAACAUCUGCCACAACUACCACUCUCCAGUCUGGGCCAAUACAGCGCCGCCGGGCACCAAGCCCCCCCACCACCUCCCCGACCCCGACCUCAGCCGCAUCGAGCAGAGCAACAACACUAUCUACGUCAUCGGAGGGGUCAUCUCCUUCACCGUGGCCGUGGCUGUGGCCAUCAAGGUGGCAUUUCACAAGGCAUCGCGCCAGCCCCGCAACAGAGAGCUCAAUAUGCCCAGGGCGCUGGUGGACAUGCUGCGUCACCAGUCCAGCCCCGUCCAGCAGGGCGAACGAAACAACAGCGUGGUUCUGGGUACUGGUGGUGGAGGAGGGGGAGGAGGAGGAGAGGGAACCCUCGGACGACCACCCAAAAACCUGUACCCCACCCUGCAGAGCAAAGACAACCGACUGGGAAACCUGCAGCACAACUUCAUCCACACGUCAGGGUCCAGCCCCAAACACACUGCCACCAUCGAGCACGCACCGCGUAUGAACAACAUGCAGUUGGCCACCGGCGGGACGCUGAAACCAAACAAGCACACAAACGCCAUGAAGCCCCAGCCGUCCUUCCACCACUCGCUCCACAACCUGGCCCAGUUACCGCCUUCCUACGAGGCCGCCAUGAAGCCCGAGAUCAACAGAUACUCCUCCCUCAAACGUCUGGAAAAAGGAGGUUUGGAGGAAUACUCCGGUUACUGCACCACUAAACGGAGACCCAACAAUGCCCCUCCAUCCUUCCACUCUUCUCAACACCACCUGCCUUGGGGUGGCGACUAUACCCUCGGGGGACGGGGCACGCUCCCCACCCACGCCACCCGCCCCCGGAUACCCCACCCGCAGUCCGCCCCCAGCCACACUCCUAACCCCUACCCCCUCGACCCGCCAGAAUCGAAGCACAACCCGAACUACGACACGCUCUCCAAGCCGCCCCGGCGAGUCAAGUCCACCGACCAGCUCCUGGCACUCGCCGACGGAAACACGCUGUCCAGGAUGAACAAGAACCAGCAGCACCAGUACUACAAAAACGCCAAGAACUCCAACAACCAGAACACCCUGCGCAAGUCCAAGGACAGGCUGCUGAUGUCACCGGACCACCUGGAGGAGGAGGUGGGCGUGGGUGGUGUCGAAUACGGAGGUGGGGGGAGCGGCAUGGGCAUGGGCGACUACACAGGGGGAGGAGGCAUGGUUCCCACGCUGCCCCGCGUCAGCCACCAGAAGGCUCAGUCGCAACAGAACGUGUGCGCCACGCCCUCACUCGACCGCCACCACAUGAUCAAGAUGAACUCCCACCCCACCUCGGGCCGGGAGCAAGAGCGGAACGCGGCCGCCAUGUCAGGCCACCUGGGUGGGGGCGGAGGCGGAGGCGUGGGCUGGAGCGACAUGCAGGGGACGGGGGUCGUCAUGGGUACGGGAACACUAGCAGGACACAGCGCCAGGAGGCUGGCGUUCGCGGCAAAGCGGCAGAACACCAUCGAGCAACUACACUUUAUCCCUGGAGGGGGAGGGGCCAGUGGAGGAGGCGUGGCUGGGAACCAGGGGGUUAGAACAGGGAGCAAGAACGAAGUAACUGUGUGAGCAAGAGGAUGGGGAGAGAGAGAGAGAGAGAGAGAGAGAGAAGGAAAAUGAAGGAGAAGUGGGAAGAUGGCGGAGGGAAGAGUGGGCAGAAGAGGGAGUGAAGUACCGAGAGAAGAGUGUAAAGAAGGAGUGGGCGGAUGGUAGAGAGGCAGAGGAAGAGAAACAGAAAGAGAGUGAGGGAGAGACGGAGAGCGAGGAGAUGAAAGGAAGAGCGGAGAAGCCGAGGGAAGCGCAGAAGCUGUACAUACGGAGAGAAGACAACGGUCUAAAGCUUCAAAAGAUGUUUUCUUUUUUUUUUCUCUUUGUAAAAUUUCAGCCAUAAUUACAGUAUAAUAAUUCUGUAUAUGUUUGAAGUUCGACGAUAGCCACCUUCAUGAACAAACAUACAUGUAUACAUACAUGAAGAAGCAGAACAGUCUGUUGUUUGGCUGGAAACCUGGUGGAGGCGCAGAAUUUCAUGCCACUGUGUCUUGUUUUUACUGGAUAUUUACAUGACGUUUAAUGCCAUUAUAGAGCCAUAUGUUCGGGAAAUGUCCAAUGGAACAUUCACCAAAAAAUGACAAAGAAAAGAAAAAGCUAGAAAUAUAUACAUGGAAAGGGAGAAAACCGGCAGACACGUGUGCAAUGUGCUUACAUCAGAAGAUCCCUUUGGAACAUGGAUUGGUCAUUCCAAAUGUCCCGGAGACAGUAUCAAAAGAGGUCAAACAUCAAAUGGAGUCCACCUUCAUGAGAGCUUUUUAAUGUACCACCCUAUACAAUAUACUGCCACAACAAAGCGACUCAACAUUGCAUCCGAAAAACUAUUGCCACGACCUUCUUGCAGUCUGCAGUAUGAGAUUAAAUGGAUUGUAUUCCUAAGAAAGCCCACAAGAUUACUGCCUUUGUCAUACGCCAUAAACUCUUCACAUCUUCUGCCGGACCCGGCGGUGAACGUACUGCUCUUUUGAAACUAGUUUUGAUGGGAUAUUGAUAUAGCUCACACAAAAAAACACCUAUCCUCAACUUUCUCCAUGGAGUAAGGUCAUUUAUUUAUAUAUUUACCCCCCUUAUAUCUCAAGGAAGGGACUGGCAACCUCUCUUAUCAAUAAAAGCCAUUCUGAUUGGGCAGAAAAGCCCAG